AUGCCACCAGUCUUGAUUCUCCUGACUCUACUUCUGCCUCUUGGAGUUGGAGCAGAGGAGAUCAUCGGGGGCCAUGAAGUCAAGCCCCACUCUCGCCCCUACAUGGCAUUUAUUGAGACUCCGAAAGUUGACAAGAAUAUCACUUAUUACUGCGGAGGCUUUCUGGUACAAGACUACUUUGUGCUGACAGCUGCUCACUGCAAAACAAGCUCUCUCUACAGCUCAAUGACAAAGGUCACACUGGGGGCCCACAAUCGCCUUGCACAGGAGAAGACUCAGCAGAUCAUCCCUGUGGAAAAAGUCAUUCCCCACCCGGAUUUUAAUAAGGCGGACCUCACAAAUGACAUCAUGUUAUUUAAGCUGAAGAGUAAGGCCAAGAGAACUAAAGCAGUGAGGCCCCUCAACUUGCCUGGGACCAAUGACCAGGUGAAGCCAGGGGAUGUGUGCAGUGUGGCUGGCUGGGGGAAAACGUCCAUUAAUGCCAAUGAAGUAUCUGCCCUCCUACGAGAGGCUAAACUGAUGAUCCAGGAGGACCAGAAGUGCAAAAAACUCUUCAAGGAGGACUAUUCCAAGACCACACAGAUUUGUGCUGGAGACCCAAAGAAAAUACAGGAUGCUUACAAGGGUGACUCUGGGGGACCCCUUGUGUGUAACAACAAAGCUUAUGGAAUUGUAUCCUAUGGGCCAAAAAGAACAAUCUCUUCAGGAGUCUUUACCAAGGUUGUACACUUCCUGCCAUGGAUAAGCAGAAACAUGAAGCUCCUCUAA